CCCGCCUCCUCCCGUCCUCCUCCCAGCCGUCGCUGCCCGAUCCAACGCCGCCGGGGCGCCUUCGACUCCGACACCUCCUGUUUACAGCGACAAAGGGGGCCGGGGAGAUGAGGCUGGUCGGCCUGACGGGUGGGAUCGCGUCCGGGAAGAGCACCGUCUCCAACCUCUUCAAGGACGCCGGCGUCCCCGUCGUCGACGCCGACAUCGUUGCUCGGGAUGUAGUGCGGAAAGGCACCGGAGGUUGGAAGAAGAUUGUGAAAGCUUUUGGGAAUGACAUUUUGCUGGAAAAUGGAGAAAUUGACAGAGCUCGCUUAGGACAAAUUGUAUUUUCUGACCCGUCAAAGCGCCAACUUCUAAAUCGUCUUCUGGCGCCCCAUAUUUCUUCUGGCAUAUUAUGGGAGAUAGCAAAACUGUGGAUGAAAGGAUGCAAGGUUAUCAUCCUCGACAUCCCGCUGUUGUUUGAGACAAAGAUGGAUAGAUGGACAAGUCCAGUCAUUGUCAUAUGGGUUAAUCCAGAAACCCAGAUUGAGAGGCUCAUGUCAAGAGAUGGGUGCUCUGGGGAACAAGCUCAGAAUAGGAUCAAUGCGCAACUUGCACUGGAAUGGAAGAAGUCAGAAGCGGACAUAGUGAUUGACAAUUCUGGCUCACUGGAUGAGACCAAAGAACAGUUCCAACAAGUGUUGAGGAAAGUCUUUGAGCCCUUGACAUGGAAGGAACGCUUGAGAUCUAGAGAUGGCCUAUUCUCUGUUGUCCUUUGUACAGCAGUGGGGGUAUUACUUGCCCAGAAGAAUCUGCUAUGAUCAUUACAACGUUUAGGAAGUGAGAGAUGGCAAUGUCAUUUUAGGAGAAUAGAAGACCAGUAUGGUGACGCUUGUCUGAUGAGUGUGGAAAUUGAAGGGCAGCUUUUGAAACUUUUGGUGAUGAAUGAAUUUCGUAAUAUCUAUGUAUUGUCGGUACAUACUACCACAAUAAUACAAUGCACAAAGCAUGUCUGAGUGUA